UUGAGCUCCGCCUUGAAGGCGCUGACAAUCAAAGGGAAACAAUGACUGGCCUUCACCUGCGCGCGCGGGGCCAGCUGUCAAGAGGGAAGAGGCGGAGCCCAUCACUGGACGCUUUGUGUUCUGGGAGUCGUAGUCCUAGCGGCAGAACGUAGAGUAGAGGAUCGCUCCCGCAUGACUACAAGUCCCAGUACCAGCCUUUCUGCUCCCUCCCUGACUGGCUGCCAGUCCCAUGUAUUCAAGCGCAGGGCAGGAGGCAGUCAGUCAGAAAUGAUGAGUACGGGGUGGUGUCCGCGGUAGCAAUAGACACUUUUUUUUCCAAGAGUGAAGGAGAAGCAUCAGCUUUGCGCAAGAGAGUGCGAGAAAAUAAGCAAUAGAGAACGAGAGACUGCGGAAAGGGAGAGGCUGCAGCAGUGAAAAAUAUAGACUUUGUACCAUUACCUUUUGCAACAAGCAAAAGCAGCUUGCAAGUGUAGUAUCAGGGAUUGUUGAAGAAAACGUGAAAGUAAAUCUGAUCUGAAGAGUAAUUCCUUCACUGACUCAAAGAUGACGCAGAUAACUUCCUGUGCGUCUGCAAGUAUACACAUUGAUCUCUUUUGUUUGCUCUGGAACACCAAUUUAUUAUCACACUGCCUAACUGUUCUGCAGGGCUUUGUAUAACAAAAGUUUUGCCAAAUAUGACUGAUCUGUUUCCCCAAUUCAGAACAACUAUAAAAGGUAAUGAAAGACUGCAGUUGGGCAUUUGCUGGAAGUGAUAGCAUAUUGCUAAACCUGUUACCCCCAGGAGCAGACCCUAACCAUUGGAAGUCCGUGACUGAGGGUUUCUGAAGAGGGGUAGGGGAAAAGGCACAAGUGAGAGAAGGUUGCCGGAGAGCCAGGUUCCCGAAAAGUGGGCAUUUGUCAGUGUAGAAAUGGAGACCGUGUCCCAAGACUCCCAAAUGGAAUGCCAGAUCUGCUUCAAUUACUACAGUCCAUGCCGUCGCCCCAAGUUACUCGACUGCAAGCACACGUGCUGCUCUGUCUGCCUCCAACAGAUGAGAAGCAGUCAGAAAGAGCUGACGUGCCCCUGGUGUCGAAGUAUCACCAAGCUCUCUCCCAGCCUGUCUGUGUCCCAGCUGCCUGAUGACCCGGAUGUAAUUGCUGUGAUCAGCAUCCCCAGUGCCUCAGACCGCACCCCAGUCUUCAUCAAGCUUCCAAGCACCGGUUGCUACAUGGUCCCCCUGACUGUUACCAAGGAGAGCGCUCUGUUGCCAGGAGAAGGGGGUUGUCGGCUGUUGCCGGGAAACCAGCGGAAGACUGUGACUGCUGUUUUGAUCCCUGGUGAGCCGCAGCACCAGCAGCAUCCGUUGCAAAGUGGACCAAGGGAAGAUGAGGAAGAGGAGGAGAGCAGAGAAGUUGUGAAGACCUCCACUUGCUCAGGGGUUUGCACUGUACUUCUUGUGGCUUGUGUCCUCCUGUUUCUUCUCGGCAUCGUGCUGCAUAACAUGUCUUGCAUAUCGAAGCGAUUCACUGCCAUCUCCUGUGGCUGAAGUAAAAGGUGCGAAUCAACAAUGGGCUUUCAGAAUUUACUAGUUUGCAAGAAACCUGGACUAUGGAAUGAGGAAUGCAGAGCAUUUAGUCUCUUGUGGCCCAGGCUUCAGGGCCAUGCCGGGUAGCUACGCAAAUGCAUAAAACUACAUAAGGAAUGAUUCAUUUCGGAAGUGAUGAAUACCUAUGGUGUAAUUUGGGAGAUUAAAUGAAAACUGUACUUCGGGUGAAUUUUGAAAGGGGUUUGUAUCUUAGUCCAUAUAUGGAAUUAAUUUCCAUUCAUUCUCUUAAUAUCACAUUGUCUUUCUAUAUUAUUAUUAACCAUGAUCUCCCUUUUAAAGGGUAGUGCAAUAAUACUAUUCAUGGUGUAACUUGAAUCAGUUUCAUUUAAGUAUUGGUAGGCAUAAUUUUAUACACUGUAAGCUAGGCUGCUCUGUCAAAACCUAGGCUUUAAAUGAUAGUAGUUAAUUGAGUUGCAACAGUCUUCUAAAAGAGUCAUGUUUAUAUUUUUGCCACCAUUUUGUGAGCAGCGAGGACAGAUUUUAGACAAGUGUGCAACUGCUAUCAUAUAGAAUUGUAAUUAUUUUAUUGGGGCUAAAUUGUAUGGAUUUAAAAAAAACAGUUUGGAUUUUUGGCAAGUUGUGCAAUGAAGUUUUUAAUGUACUUACAGAGGUUUUAAAAUCCAGUACAUGUACAUCUACAGUGACAAAAGGAUCAAAGAAUUAUCGAAGCCAGUCACCAUUGGAGACUGUUUAUCUUGCAUGUGCACAGAUGAUUAGACUUCUACACUGUUAGCUAGAGCUGUACUGGUGGAGUACUUAAGUUUCCAGCUCAUUAUAUGAUAGUUCUGCUGUUUAGAAGGUGUUUUGAUGUGCCCAGUAGGAUAUCAAUUAAAUAGAGACAGUUUUGAAUAGUUAACUUUGUGGUGCAUUGAAUUUUCAGUUUAGUGUGUCAUCUGCACCAUGUGGCAUAAGCUGAUUUUACUGUUGGGCCUUUAAGGCCACCGUUUAGGGUUUUAAACCAUACAGCUAGAUUUUAUUAAAAGCACUUACCUAUGAAAUUGCAACACUUUAAAUUAGGAGAAAAUAUAAGUUAAUUCACAAUUCCUGAUGUGAUGAGCUGCUGCAUGCCGUCUCAUGGUGAGGAAGUACUGAACUUAAUGAGAGUGUGAAAUGCUGGCAGACAUUGAUAAGCAAUAUCAUAAUGACUGUCUGGUGAUAGUUAAUGUAGAGAAGGCAGAAUAAUCAUUCAUGGCUUACAAAUACUUGUUUAAAAAUAGUUAUGAAUGGAGCUUGGAUAAGCCAUGAUGGCAUAAUUGUUAAAGUUGCUUCUGAUUCAUAUGUGGAGUAUAAUUGCCUGUAUUGUACAUUUUUUCUUAUUUUUAACUAGAGAUUGAAAUAGUAUUGUCCAACAUUUUACUUUGCUUCUCCUUCCAGUUUUGUAAAUACUGAAAAUGAAAUGCUGAACUUAAGAGUAUUUUAACCAAAUAUCAAGUGAUUUCUGUACUUUAUUUCUGUUUAUUUUUGUGAAUGUUUUAACAUAAUGCUUUAAUCAUGGACUCAAAAGGAUACAGGGCUUAUGCCAAUUCAGCUGACAGAAGUGAGAACAUCUCUUUUUCCUUUAGAAAGCAACACUGGUUAAUUCUAUGACUAUUGGGAAAUCUGACAUAUUGUCAUACUUUACUGCUGGUCAGGCAGCGUCCAUGAAGAGAGAAAGCGUUAACAUUUCAUGUCAAUGUUCUUGUAUCAGAACAAAAAAAAAGCUUCUCUUUUCACAGGUGUUAGGUGACCUGCUUUUUCCAAUACUUAAUAAACUGGUAACAUGCCUCGACUAAUAUCCCAUGAUCACUGUUGCCUAUACAUGCUAAUAAAUGGUUUUGUCUUUUCAUAGAUUAUUUAAUUUACAGACCCAUCUUUGUGCUUAAGUAUAUAGAGGUAUUUGAACUGUCAGUGUGUGCACAUACCUGUGAUAAUCUACAAAAGUAGAAGUUUGGAAGAGAUGGUGAAUCUGCUGUUUAUAAGUUGCUGAUCAUUGUCUUUGUGCUUGUUCUUUUGUAGAAUAAAAUAUUGCAUGGUGCUGCAAUAGAGUAUUUUUUCCUCACUGAUAUUUUUAUGAUAGUGUUCUAAACCCUGCCUGUUGUUUGUAUAAGUGUUCAUGUUAGUUUAAUGAUGAUUGUAAGGAGUUCAUUCUUAUAAUUUGAAAUGGACCACUGUACUGUUACUCUGGUUGUAUUGACAACAUUAUUCAACAGUUUAUAAUAAACUUCAUAA